AUGUUGGAAAAGAAACUUUCGAAAGCUCUUGAUGAGCUGAUGGACAAAGCCACUUCAGUCAAAUUUGCUCAAUUUAACGAUGAGAGCAGUGAAGGAAACAGUGAAGACACGAAUUCGGAUGAUGGAUCGAUGGGACAAAAGAUAUUAGAGCUACAGAAAGUGAAUCGACCACCAAUGAAUCAAGAGCAAUUUGAUCAGAAAUUCGCCUAUGUUCGUCCCAAAUCCGAAAGCCAAUUGAAGCGAUCGAUGAAGAAAUACUUUCGACGUUACCAAGCCCCAUUCACCUCAUUGUAUGCCUUCAACAAAUUCUUGAAGUCGACAAUCCCAAUCUUGGACUGGUUACCCAAUUACUCAAUUCGAGAGGAUCUCUUCUAUGAUAUUGUUGGAGGAAUUACACUUGGUGUCAUGCACAUUCCACAAGGCAUUGCUUAUUCGAGUCUUGCUGGCCUUCCCCCAGUCAAUGGCCUCUACACUUCUUUGUUCCCCGUUUUGGUUUACAUGUUUUUUGGAACAUCAAGACAGUGCUCAGUUGGCUCAUUUGCUGUGGUGGCUCUGAUGACUGGAGGAGCCGUAAAAUCGGUUGUCGCUGAUCAUUCAGAGUAUAUCGGACACGAAGCACAAAUCACCGCAAUGUUAUGUAUGCAAGUUGGUUUGAUACAGUUUCUCGUCGGUUUUGUUGGGCUUAGUUUCAUCACCACCUACUUUUCUGAUGAGGUUGUAAGUGGAUUCACCACCGGAGCGGCAAUUCAUGUCUUCUCUCUUCAAUUAAAAGACAUUUUCGGCAUACACUUGAACAAAACUGAUGGAAUUUCCUAUUUACCACAGAUGUAUGUGGAACUCUUCCGAAAGAUCGGCGAAGGAGACACUAAUUGGGUGACUGUUGGAAUGGCUGCUUGCACAAUUGUUCUUCUGUUGAUCGGAAGAGAAAUCCUCAAUCCACUCUUGCAAAAGAAAUGCAAAUUGCCCGUUCCGAUUCCUUUUGAAAUUUUGAUGGUGAUCUUCGGCACAUUGUUCUCUGCAUUGUUUCAUCUCCACAGUAAACAUGAUGUGAAAAUUGUGAAUCACAUCCCGAGCGACAUCCCACCACCAGCCAUUCCCCAUUUUUCUCUUUUCGUCGACCUGGUCAAAGCUGCUAUUCCAAUCGCUGUUGUGAACAUUGCUGUUCACAUUUCUUUAGCUAAAAUGUUUGCCAAGAAGUUCAACUAUAAAGUGGAUGCUAAUCAGGAAUUUUAUGCAAUGGGUUUAACCGGUAUCAUCUCUGGUUUCUUCCCAGUUUUCCCUCCGGCUUGCUCAAUGGCGAGAACAGUUGUGAAUGCGAAUACUGGAACGAGAACUCAACUCUCUGCUCUCAUUUCUUCUGCUGUCAUCUUGUUUGUUAUCCUGUUUGCAGGACCUUGGCUGAGAACUUUACCCAUGUGUGUACUUGCAGCAAUCAUUGCUGUUGCUUUGAAAUCACUGCUCGAGAAAUUUGGCUCAGUGCCGGCUCUGUGGAAAGUCUCGAAGAUUGAUUGUUCAAUCUGGAUUGUGGCUUGUGUUGCGACAAUCUUCAUCGAUGUCACUUAUGGAUUGAUUACAGGAAUCAUUUAUGCUCUCUUUACAACAAUCAUUAGGGAACAAUGGCCAAGAUGGCACGUAUUGGCCAACAUUGGUGGGAAUUUUGAUUACAGAGAUGCUGAAAGAUAUCGAGAUGCUUUUUUCUUUAAUGGCACAUGCAUUCUUCGUUUUGACUCACCUCUUCUAUUCACGAAUGUCAAUCGAUUCAAGGACACUGUCAAUAAAAUGGUUCAAGCUUUGGAUAAUCAGAUCAGCACAAUUGAAUGUGAUGAAAAACCAAUCCGGAAUGUGAUUGUGGAUUGCUCGGGAUUCGCGUUUAUCGAUUUGAUGGGAGUCAAUACUUUGAAAGAUGUGUUUGUGGAAAUGGAAGAACGUGGAGUCAAAAUGUACAUUGCUGCAGCUAAAGCUCCAUUGAGAGAAAUGUUCGAGUCGGGUGAUUUGUACAAAUUUGUCCCGAAAUCCGCCUUCUACCCGACGAUUUUUGACGCGGUUGCAUUUGCCACCAAGAGCUCACAAGCUGGAGGAGGCAUCUAUCUAUCGCGAACACCCACCUACUCCUUUGUAAACGAGCUUGCUCACACUACUGAUGAA